AUGGCACCCCACGCCAACUUCGACAACGUCGAACACCAGAUCGUCCGCCUUCCUGCUCCUGAAAGACCACCAUUUUCCAAGUCGCCUCCUCGCCUCCUAAUCAUCGGAGAAGGCAAUCGAGGAAUUACCUAUGCCGCCGCAAUUUGCGAGUCUACCAACGGUGCCAGAGGUAUAUUUGGGGAAAGUCUAAACCCUCUGAAGGCCAGGAGUUUGAGGAUUGGAGGGAGUUUCUAUCAUAGGAAGAAGAGUGGAGAAGAGAGGCUGCCUUGA